CUCCAGGCUUAGAAGACAGCUCCACUACACACCAGCACCAAAGUGUGUGUGGUGUAUAGAGAGAGAGAGGUGGAUUCGACAAGGCUACACGUAUAAAAAGGCAGGGAGAGAGUGCAUGUGUAGGAGAUGGGAAAGGAAGGUUAGAUAAAGAGGCUGUGACAGAGUAGUGGUGAAGGAAGAAGAGGGUGUGUGAGAGGAGGUUGAGAGGAGGAACGGAGAGGGGGAGACAAAAGAGAGAAAAGGAAAGGGGGGAAGGGGGAUUUAGAGACAGCUAUGGAGGAGAGCAUUGGAGGGGCUCGGAAAGCCACCAAGAGCAAACUGUUUGAGUUCCUCGUCCAUGGAGUGCGCCCAGGAAUCCCAUCGGGGCCACGGAUGCCUCAUCAGGGGACAGCCUUAUGCCCCCCAGGACCUCCUUAUGGUGGGGCCCCAUUGAUACGUCCAGGGAUGCCCACCCCCACUAUGGAGCCCAUAAGGAAGCGGCCCCCAAACUCCCAACAGGUUCAACAGCAGCAAGCAGUCCAAAGCAGAUCCAGGAAGAAGCCAAUGGGAAUUCCUGGAGCCAAUGACAUUGCUGCGAGGCAGAUGGAUAUCAGAGAGGUCCAAUCAGAUUCCUCACUUGGAUCCAAUGCCAAGAAAAGGAAAAUGGCUGAUAAGAUUCUUCCACAGAGGAUCCGUGAGCUGGUCCCAGAAUCACAGGCCUACAUGGACUUACUGGCAUUUGAGAGGAAACUGGACCAAACCAUUAUGAGAAAGAGGGUUGACAUCCAGGAAGCAAUUAAAAGACCAAUGAAGCAAAAAAGAAAGUUGAGAUUGUAUAUAUCCAACACAUUCAACCCUGCCAAGCCAGAACCAGAUGAUUCAGAUGGCAGCAUUGCAUCCUGGGAGCUGAGGGUCGAGGGCAAACUCCUAGAAGAUCCAGGAAAGCUGAAGAGGAAAUUCUCGUCAUUCUUCAAAAGCCUGGUGAUAGAGUUGGACAAGGACCUGUAUGGUCCCGACAACCACCUUGUGGAGUGGCAUAGGACCCCCACCACGCAGGAGACUGAUGGAUUCCAGGUGAAGAGACCAGGGGAUGUUAGUGUGCGCUGCACCCUGCUUCUCAUGCUGGACUACCAGCCCCCUCAGUUCAAGCUGGACCCACGGCUGGCCCGUCUGCUGGGUAUUCACACCCAGACCCGCUCCUGUAUCAUCCAGGCUCUCUGGCAGUAUAUCAAGACCAAUAAACUACAGGACUCCCACGAGAAAGAGUACAUUAACUGUGACAAGUACCUCCAACAGAUCUUUGACUGUCAACGUCUAAAGUUUUCUGAGAUUCCUCAGCGUCUGACUAACAUGCUGCUUCCUCCAGACCCUAUUGUCAUCAACCAUGUAAUCAGUGUUGACCCUAAUGACCAGAAGAAGACUGCGUGCUAUGACAUAGAUGUUGAGGUGGAGGACCCCUUAAAGAGUCAGAUGAGUGGCUUCCUGCUCUCUACAGCCAAUCAGCAGGAGAUUGCAUCACUAGACAAUAAGAUCCAUGAAACCAUCGAGUCCAUUAACCAGCUGAAGAUCCAGAGGGACUUCAUGCUCAGCUUCUCCAAAGAUCCAAAAGGCUACAUCCAGGACUGGCUCUGCUCCCAGAACAGAGACCUGAAGUUGAUGACCGAUGUGAUGGGGAACCCUGAGGAGGAGAGAAGGGCAGAAUUCUAUGAACAACCCUGGUCUCAAGAGGCUGUCAGCCGAUACUUUUACUGCAAGAUUCAACAACGCAGACAAGAGCUGGAUCAGGCCUUAUCUGUACGUAACACCUAAAGCUGUCCCAGGGGAAGCAGUGAUGUAAGACCCAUAGGCAGGCACUGACUACACUUCAACUUCUAAUACAGUCUCUCUGAGAGGACAGCAUGUCCUGGCCUCGGGAGGGUCAUUGUAAGUGACUCAGUAAAUAUUUAUGCUGCAACAUCCAUCCAGCUAUAAAACCCCUGUAUUCAUAGCCUAGUCCACUUCCAUGUCCAACCAAUACUCAACCACAUAAAAAAAAUCUUAUUUCAGUAGGACCUAUACAUAGUUUUCAAGCAAUAGAAGGCGAUUAUUCCAUGGAUCUCCAAUAAUGGGGACAUUUAUUUACUAAGGGGGAAAAAUACACAUAUUUCCACAAUAAACUAUGGAAGAAUGUCUUGAAAAUGAAUGCCUGAUAGAAUGACAAAAUAGGACAUUGUUAUGUCUAAUUAAGUGGAGAAUGUCAGUAUUUGUAUUGGCCAUCUCCAGUCAUCCCCACUGAAGUGCUUCCUUGACCUUGUGCUUGUUUGUUAUACUCCAUCCAAACAGUCAAUAUAAUACUGAAUGUAUUUUUCCAUUUAUGAUCAACAUUUGUUUAGUAUUAAUUAAUGUCUCAAGACCGAUAAUCUAUCCCUUGAUGCUGUUUUAUAUUGAAAUUGUACCGUAUUUACUGUUUUAUACAAUGUAUCCCCCAGAACAGGUUUGCUGUAACAUGUGCUGUAUAGCAAAAGCUUUAUACAUUAUUUGUAUAUACUGUUGCGUAUAUUUAAGAUGGCGUCUUGUAUAGCAAGGGUGUAGUCACUCUGAAAUUCCAAAGAUACUGAGCUCAUAUGUUUAAAUAGAAGGGGAACUCACAUAUAAUAGAUUAUGCCCAAAUUGUGAUGCCAAAUUAUUGAUACUACAUCAAAUGCAACAAGGAUAAAACUAGACAAAGAAGAACUAGUAAAUACUGCAUGUUGCAGAAAUAAUUGAAGUUGUUGAUGGGGAGUCAGGUGGCUGAGCGGUUAGGGAAUUGGAAUCCUAAGGUUGCUGGUUCGAUUCCUGGCCUUGUCAAAU